AUGUUUCCGUAUGUGACGAUCAAAAUUGCGACGCGAUACUCGAGCUUCUGUCUGUACAAAGGCAGUGGUUGCAUUCGUUGCAACUUUGUCAGCAUUCCUUCAAGUCACCGGGGAAAUCGUGAGGCUGACGAGGAAGCUGCGCCAAAGGAGGUUAAAUGCUUUCAUGAAGAAGCCUCCAUCUUCGCCACUCUGCUCUGUUCGUUCCAUGAAAGGGUCCAUGGUACAGGUGAGAGCCUGGAUGCGAAGCAUAAGUCGAAAACGGCCAAAUUGGUUGUUCGGAUAACGGACCAGUGCAGAUUUAUAUGCGGAAGGGUUUACACACUUGUAAGGAAGUUCGCCGAUAUCCAUGGAAGCCAUGAUACAAGCCUAGCGACCCUUUGGGCGCGUGUGCAGUGGGCAAUCCAGAAACCCGACCUGGAGGCCAUGAGACUUUUGAUGAACAGUGCUAAAGCCACCGUAACCCUCCUCCUUCAACUCUUCACUCUAGAUGAGGUUGGUCCAACUUGCAACUACGAUCCUGUCGCUAAACGAUGCAGUGUUGUCUGGCUCGAUCAACUGAAGAACAUGACAGAGGCAGCGAAGCAGGCAAGGAAGGAACUGAAGGAUUACAAAGAGAAAUGGUUCAUUUUGGAGGAUUCGACAUCAGAGGAAUGCGACAUAAUGGCGUCAACUACCAGGGAAAUAGAGAAAUUCGUUGUGAAUACAAUCAAAUCACAACGCCGGGCCCAGGAAAGCAGACAAAUUCCGAGAGACAGACGUCCUCCCCGGCACCCAAGCCCGCCAUUAAGUCUAGAUGAAAACACCGCGGAAAUGGCAGUAGUACCACUGGUAGUGUCAACCCACGACGACCGCGAACGCGGCCAAGGCUUGACGCUAGCUAGGCCGAGUGAAGUACCGAGGUCCAAUAACCAACGACCUCUGAGCGUUGGUGAGUACCCCUCAACCCCGCCACGACGAAGGAGGUGCCGGCAUGAGGUAUUCGGUAUGAGGCUUCGCGACGACGGGACACAAGUCUCCGAGGGGUAUGGAGAGUGGCCCCACGAUGUUCACGGGUCCAAAACCAGCUUCACCGACUCCGUGGGAAACACAGACGUCGAGCGACAGGCAGGACGUCGAGCACACUUCUCUGCAGAAAAGGACAGGCAGAGUAAAGAGCAUCAGAGCGGCGGUGAUGCAGUCCUCGACGGGGCAGGGGCAGCUGAGGAUGAAAGCAAAGUCAUGCCGCAACCGCUCAGUCCUCUGGUAGAAGAUGAAGGCAAACACAUCCCAAUUCUGGGAAAGGACAUCCAAGCGGCGAGCAGGACUAUCCACGGGCGAGCGGUUGCAGGUCUGACGACGGAAGCCCAGGGCCAUAUGUACCCAUGGCUCCAUUCGGCGGCGACGGCAGCAGAAGACGACCACGAAGACCACGCCCUCCCUCACCCGUGGAGUAGUAUCUACGCCUAG